AUGGCAACCAUGUUUCUGAUCUGGCUGAGGACAUUUGUCCAGCUGGCUUGGUUUGGAGAAAAUGUCCAAAGAGAUUAUUACAAUCCAAAUCAACCACCAGGUAAGAAGAAUUACAUUGUAGCCACUUAUACUUCUGUCAAUCAGAAAAGCAGUGGAGAUUUCCUCUUUAAUUUACUUUUCUCUUGUUUCCUCUGUAUUAGUCCUUGCAUUGAUGAAUCCUGUAGUGUCUCCACCAGCUCAUGGCUCCAGAAAUGCAGCACGGAGUCCACAUCUGUAACAGCAGUGCCAGAUGACAUUACCCAAAGAGAUGCAGCUGCAAAUGUCCCUUCUCCGCAGACUGUCUCAGUUCAAGACAUCACUGACAGUAGUGAGAAGACAGUUCAUAAAGACACUGGGGACAAAGUUAAUAAUGAGAUUGAGGAUAUAGCUGUGAGACAAGUUGAGCUUGUUGAGAUCGAGUUCAGCAUCACACUUGAAGAUGAGAUUUUUAUCAAGGACCUGAACGAUAGUGACAGUCCCCGCUUCCAGGACCUGGCAGAACGGUUCACUGAUAAGUUUGAUAACACACGUCAAAGACUGCCAGGAUUUAAAAACAUAAAAGUCACCAAAUUUAGGAAGAAACGGGACCCUGAAAGCAAUGCAGUAGAAGUUGUGUUUUCCAUCACAUUUGAAGUGGAUGAUAAGAAAAAGACAAACGAGACCUUGGACUCUCCUAGCCUUCAUCCUAACAAAGUUGAAGAUAUUUAUCCAAUGAAUCCCAAAUUAGCUUAUCAGAUUAGUUAUAUCAUUGAAGAUCUACGCAAGGACAAUGUCAUGGGGAAUUCUAGUUUGCGUGUGGAUCCAGAAUCCUUCCAGUUGACUAAUGAGGGACCACUACCAACUGUAUAUGAAAAUAUUGGCAAAGAAGAUAUCUACACUACUGGACAACCAGAUGAUCUAUUGACAGAUUUAGAUGAUAUUUUGGCUGCCGAGAGACCACCUGAUUUGCCCUUUCAGGAAAUGGAUGGUGAAAACCUAUUGAAUGACAAAGAUGUUCGCCUGCCUAGUAAUGACCCCCUAUAUGAAACCCAGACACCUGUAAUCAGUGGGAAUGAUGUUGAAGUGAUAGGUGAAAGCAUGACUCAUUCGCCUCUUCUUACCGAUUCUGGCAUGACAGAUCUUAAAGGAAAUGACAUUCUUCCCAAUUCAUCACUGCAAGAUUCUUCAAGUUUACAGGAUGAAGGAUUGCUGCUUGAUCAAAAGGAAGCCACUCAAAAAACAGCAACAAUCAGUACAAAGUUGGAAUUAGUGAGUCAUCCUGUCCAUUCAUCUGGUGAUUCCAAUGUCCUCUCAUCUACACCUGGAAUUUUGAUAACUGCUACUUCUGGGGCAAACCCACAACUGGAUGACAGUCACACCCCCAUAUCACCGGAACUCUUCACAUCUUUUGGGACAAACUCUGUAGAAAUCAUUGAUAUUACAACACCCAAACCAACUGCAAGUCUUUUUCAGAACCAGUUAUUUCAGGAAGGGUCUGGCUCUGGGUUCUUUUAUUCUGAACUAGAGAAAAACUCUAGUAUAAUUACAGAUGUGGAUCCGGCCGACAUUGCUGUGUCACCUGGCAAAGAUGGUGUAAAUGACUUUUCAACUGUGAGUGACGUACAUGGUCAAGAGAAAAAUGAAGAGGUUAAGCCAACUUUGGAAAGACCUCUGCUCACAGAGGACAUCAGAAAUAUUCCAGAUUAUACCACUACUAAUGUGGUUCCAGUUCUCUGGACGAAGGAAACAAUAACAGUGGAACUGUCUAUGCAGACUUCAGAGGCAUCAGGUAUUUAUGACUACUAUGAAAGUGAGCCUACUACAAGAUUGGUGCUAGACUCUGAUGACCAUCUCCAGGAAUAUGCCACCAUUAGGUUAGAUCCUGAAGAUAAAGAUGUGACUAGCAAUGCCAUAGAAAUAGUGGAAGUCACAUCUGCAGAUACAUUUCAUGUAGUAACUGAAAGCAAAUUUCAACAGUCUGGUCAAAGUACAUCUUGGGUGGAGAAUAUGGAUAGUUUCCCAUACGUUCUUACAAGUAAGAAACCAACUGAAGCUGAUAUUGAGGAGAAUGGAAAGCAAUAUACUGUGACAACUGACAACACUAUUACAAAAUUUAUUGAAACUUUCGAAAACCCCAAAACAAAUAAGGAUGCUGAUCUGACAACUCAGGGAAAUAUUAAGGUUACCUCUGUGAAAAUAUUAGUUUCUUUAAAUCCUUCUGAUUCCCAGACACAAGAUAUGUCUAAUCAGCAAAAUGUCAACCUACCUGAAGGAUUUAUUAAUUGGACUGAUGAACCAGUCAUCAAUAACAGUUUAGACCCUAUUAGCAAUGAUCUAGAAAAUGCUUACUCAAAUUUUGAUUUUGGCAAUGAUGAAGAGGUCACAGCUGUGCCUUCACUCAGAAAUAAUACUCAGCCAACACGAGCACUAGUGGUCUUCUUCAGCUUGAGGGUAACCAACAUGAUGUUUUCAGAAGAUUUGUUUAAUAAGAGUUCUGCGGAGUACAAGGCUCUUGAACAGCGAUUCCUAGAACUGCUUGUGCCAUACCUGCAGUCCAAUCUGUCCAACUUUGAAAACCUUGAGAUCCUCAAUUUCAGGAAUGGAAGUAUCGUAGUGAACAGCCGAAUGAAGUUUGGAAAGCCGGUGCCCCGAAAUGUCACCAAUGCUGUUUACAUAAUCCUUGAAGAUUUCUGCAACACUGCCUACCAGACUAUGAAUCUUGCUAUUGACAAGUAUUCUCUUGAUGUGGAAUCAGGGGAUCAAGCCGAUCCUUGCAAGUUUCAAGCAUGCAAUGAAUUUUCACAGUGCACUGUAAACCGCUGGACGGGAGAAGCUGAAUGUGUUUGUAACCCUGGAUAUUUUAGUGUAGAUGGGUUGCCAUGUCAAAGUGUAUGUGAGCUCAAGCCAGACUUCUGUCUUAAUGAUGGAAAAUGUGACAUCAUUCCUGGUCAGGGGGCCAUCUGCAGGUGUCGAGUAGGUGAGAACUGGUGGUACCGUGGAGAGCACUGUGAAGAAUACGUCUCUGAACCUUUAGUAGUGGGUAUCGCAAUUGCGUCAGUAGCUGGAUUCCUGCUUGUUGCCUCUGCUGUAAUCUUCUUCCUUGCAAGGACCCUAAGGGAUCAAUAUGGAAAAAGUGACAAAGAUGACUCAGGAGAACAGGGUGACUGCCAGUCCUCAACUGAGAAGGCUGUGAAAUACAAUCCGAUGUAUGAAAGCGAUGCCACCACAGGAUACAAUCACUAUUACAGACGCUACCCACAGCUGCCCUCCUACAGUUCUCCCAGUGCAGAGGCCUCCACAGACUUCAGCAGUGAAGAGAUCAGGCACAUCUACGAGCACAGUGAGCUCACUAAGGAGGAAAUUCAGGAUCGAAUACGAAUAAUUGAACUGUAUGCAAAGGACCGGCAGUUUGCAGAAUUUGUGCGACAACAUCAGAUCAGGUCCAUGGAUGCAAAGCAACUAAGUUCUUCGAGUUAGCCCCAGUGAAGCAAUGUUCACUAGGUCACAUCCAAAGAGGCAAAUGCCUUGGUGGAUAAAGUCGCAGGCCAGAAAUGCCAAGUGUCCAAAGGAAUGGAAGACUAAGAUCAUUUUGGCCUCAGGAUCAGCAUGAUGUAGAAAGACUAGAUCUUUGUGUACUUUAUUACACUUUUGUUGUGGAUUUCUAAGGACUUGUACUAAAUAUCAAAAUACUAUUAUAGGAAUUAAAUUAACAAGUGUUUUUUUCAUGAAAGAUAUAUGAUUUAAAUAUCCUUUAAAGCUUGUUUUAAUCAUUUGUAAUAUUAAAAAUGAUUUCUCAAUUACAUUUAUGUUAUUUGUUCCCUUCACAUUCAGCUCCCAGCAUUGGAUAGACUAUUUAAUGCAAAUCAACAUUUUUUUUCUGACAGAAAAAAUAAAAGUAAAAAAAUAUAUAAUAGCAUGCUGUAUAUCCUAAUAUGCUGAAGGCAAGGUUUAAACCCUAAAUUGACUCACAUCUCCAAAGGAUUCUGACAUUGUGCAGCCCAUUCAUUUUAUUACAUACACACAAAGCAAAAAAGAAUACAUAUUGAGAAAACAUCCUGUACAUUAGAUCUGAGGGUGAGGAAAAAACGAAAGAACAAGAAGUCAUGCACACUCCUUCCAGAAUGCACCUCUGUCAGGAACAGAUAUGGCAGCAGGGCAAAUCUGUGCUGCCUGAAUUUGAGGAAGGGAUGACUUACAUCGCUUAAGGAAGAGUCUGUUACUUGUUUUGCUGUUUGUGAUAUCAGUGUACUUUGGGCAUAAAGACCCUGUGUAAUGAUUGUUGAUAUAAUUUAUAUUUACUCUGUUAAGUUCAUACAAAUCAAACUGUAUUUGUAACCAGAGGGCAAAUAUGUUGUACUGGAAUAGAACUUU